AUGUCGUCGUCACGCCGGAGCUCGAGCCCCGACAGCAACAACACGGACGUGAGCGGCGGCGGCGUUGGGAUCGCCGCGGACGAGCGGAAGCGGAAGCGGAUGCUGUCGAACAGGGAGUCGGCGCGUCGGUCGCGCGCGCGGAAGCAGCAGCGGCUGGAGGAGCUGGUGGCGGAGGUGGCCCGGCUGCAGGCGGAGAACGCGGCGACGCAGUCCCGCAUCGCGGCGUUCGAGCGCGAGUUCGCCAAGGUGGACGGCGAGAACGCCGUGCUGCGCGCCCGCCACGGGGAGCUGGCGGGGCGGCUGGAGUCGCUGGGCGGCGUCCUGGAGGUGCUGCAGAUGGCCGGCGCCGCCGUCGACAUCCCGGAGAUGGUCACCGACGACCCCAUGCUCCGCCCCUGGCAGCCGUCGUUCCCCCCGAUGCAGCCCAUCGGGUUCUGA